GAGGACAUGGCAGAGAAGAAGCGACGUGAGCGGGAGGAGUUUGAGGCCAGGAGGAAGGCCAUGAAGGCUGACGCCCCACCGCCUGGCCGCUUCAGCGCACCGGCCUCUCCCACAGAAACAGAAGCACCAGGCAUGGUGGACAACCUGCUGGAGGACAUAAGACGAGGCUUCAAGAUGAAGAAAUCUCCUCAUGGGAAAACUAAAACAGCCAGCCCAGCCAGAAAAAGGGACAAGAGAUCACACAAGCGAGAUCCCAGUGAAAAUCGGGAACGUCAGGUGGAUCGUACCCAGAUUGUGCCCCAGAGCCUGCCGGUGCCGCGGGAUCGCUCCAGCAGUGUGACGUCAUGUACCACUGAUGAGGACAGCAUCAGUAUCAUCAGUCAGACGUCAGAGAGUGACAAAUCCUCCUACACAUCAGCAAAGGACAGAAAAAGAGAGAGAAGGUCUUACAAGCGCGACUCGAGUGAGGACAGGGAGAGCCAGUCGUCAGACCAGGGCCCCAGCCUGCUUCAUCCUCCCCGGGACCGCUCUAGUAGUAUCACCUCCUGCACCACUGAUGACGACAGCCUCAGUCAGUCAUCAGAGUGUGAACAGUCUUACCCAUCCCCAAAGGAAAGGGCAGUUAUCUCCCCGGAAGCGAUGGAGUAUGUAGUACACCAGAUCCAGAAGUUAGAGAUUACCUGUGCUGACGAGGACAACUGUCAGCCUCCGCAGAAGAGCCAAACGGAGAAGGACGACGCAAUCCCCCAACCCCAGAAAACUGGCAAAUCCCAAGAACAACCCCCCACAGGUGACUCCUUAGUUGAAAAGCCCAACAAAAAUGAAUAUGUUGCAAAGAAAGCUCAAGCUGACAGUCAACCGGAAAAAACAGCUGCAGCGCAAUUAAAAAGUAGUGACGACAGGUCACAAAGAGAUUUGACAGAUGGUAAAGUGUCUGAGACAGUUCAGAAAAAAAGUGAUGCCAAGCCGGAUAAGGGAGCUAAACCAAGUCCAGGUCAGAAACAGGCUAGUCAAGAAAGGGUGAGCAGCAGUACAGAGGGUUCAGGUUUGACAUUGCCAAGUUCUACCAGCCAACAAAAAGAAGUGUCAUCAGCUCAAGCUUCCUCCACAAAUGUCAGACGUCCCCGCUCAAGGCAGCAGGUGUUGUCAGAACUGACAAUGGGCAUGGAAACCCCUGCAGUAGUAACACAAGGAAAGGCGGUGCCGCAGCAUGCCGAAAAAAGGGGAGGGGCAAGGGCUGAGCAUGCUCCUGCUCAAACUAAGAGGAAAGGGUCUGCCUCUCAAACUAAGAGCAAAGAACACCAGAAGCUUCCAGAACCAACUGUGAUACUGGGAGAGCACACUAGCCUGAGUAGAUGGCCUACUUCGACUUCCCUACCACGGGAUACAAAGGCAAGCAGGAGGCAGAAGAGACAGCAGGCAGAGGCGAGGGCGAAGGCAGAGGCAGAAGGCAGAGCCCGGCAAAGACACAAGUCGGCACCAGCUGAGCGACAUCGUCACCAAGGUUCUCACAGAACACUAGACACCAGGGAGAGACAAAGAUCAGUUGAUGAGAGGGUAGAGCACCACAAUAAGAAGGCCCAGCGUGUACUAGCACAGGCGGAGUCUGACUACAACAUAGAACAAGAGCCUGAAGUCUUACAAGUCAGGAGUGGGUCUUCUCUCGGCCUGAGCUACACUCAUUCUCAAGAUAGUGGAAGCCAAACCUUGUCUAUGAGCAAGAAACAUCCAAGUAAAGGACAGCUUCUCCCAAAAUCUAAGAAACAAGCUUUAACCUUGUCCCCAACAACAAAGCAGAUCCUUGAAAAGGGAGAGCUCCCUCCCCUACCAGACUAUGCUAGCUCUAGUAUGGGUGAGCUUCCUCCAUUACCUGACUAUAUCACGUCAAUGGGGGAACUUCCUCCUCUACCUGACUACAUUGACAUCAAUGCAAUGGGCAGCCUCCCUCCGCUACCGGACUAUGUUGACUUAGGCAGCGUCCCAAACUUGCAGGACUCCUCACAGUUUCAGUCAGAUCCUGCCCAAGCUAGGGACAGAUUCCGGAGCCAGGACAGUCUGCACAUGCAUCAUGAUGAAGUUGACACUAAAUGUAGUACCCUCCUUGAUCCUGAUCCUGCUCAUGCCAAAACUGCCUCUCGUGCUCAAGAGCACCCUUCCCAUGGCCAAAGCACGCCCUCUCAAGACCAAGGGCAUUCCCGAAGCAGACCUUUACUGGACCAUUUGCAUGCCCAGGCUGGCCCUCACUUGGCGCACUCCCAGCCUCGACGCGACACGCAGUCUCGUACCAGCCGUCAGUCGCGUCGCAGCCGCUCCAGAAGAGGCCAUCACCCUCCCAACCAAGGUUACGCCAGAACCACCCUCCCACCUCAGUCUGUCAGUGUCCAUGCCAUGUCACAACUAGACCAGGCCCGUUACGCAGAAGGCACUGCUUCGUCCAAGCUGGACCCAGUGCGUGCCUCGUCACAUGAACUGGGCCGGGCAAACAGUGAAGGAAGCCCCAGCCAACCCCAGGGUCCUCCUCAGCAGCCUCAAAAGGACCCGCCACAGAGGCAGGCUGGCCCCACCAGAUCUUCCUCGGAGCAGUUCUCUGACCUGGACUCGCGCUACGAGCUCCACAGGGCCGCCACAACCGAACAUAUCCAAGUCGAACCUCCCAUCAUGUCACAUCCCAUCAGACAGUCCAAGUCCACCAUUAUCGACUGGAAACUUCAGCUUCCUGAUUCCGAUGAAAAACUCUCAGGCGAGCAGGAGAGGGAAGGACCUGACGACUCCUCCAGGGACAGACGUGACAGCGGUUCCCGGCCAAGCACAUUGUCGAUGUCCAGGGAGAGACGUCGGUCCCGAGGGUGGAACGAGGACCCUAGCCCUUAUAGCCUGCUGCAGGAGAAAGUCCAGGAUGCCAAGGGGGACGUCCCAAGUGACGUUGCUCUGGCCAUGUCACUUUUCGGACCAGGAGACCAGCCACCACCAGCACAGAAGCCGAUCGAACCACCGCCCAGGCAUCGCGCUCGGAACGCCUGCAGUCCUCCUGGAAGCCCCUUCGGUUUACCUGAUGUGAAUAAGAUAGCUGAUGCCAUCACCUGCAAGCAGCAGUAAAGGUUUAGGCUCUGUCCUUUGAAGUAAGAAAAUAACCCCUGCUGAAACAUACCUGAAAGGGAGUUUGUUGAGAUAUUCCAUGCGGGCAAUACUUGAUAUUCUGUUGCCUCCUAAAGUUGCUGAUAGUAAUAAUAGUAGGCAUCCUUCCAUCUCGAGACAAAGUCAAGGGAGGGCAAAAACAAUCAGUUGCUUGGUACAAGAGCUGAAAUAGUGUUAUAUCAAAUUCUGAAUUAAUCUACUUAUUGACUCAAAUUAUCGAACCAAUUAUAGCAAAUAUGUGCAAUAUUGAGCCAAUAUUGUUAAUUUGUGAAGCUUCGACCGUCCAACAAAUUGAAUCAAAUGGGGAGUAAUAAAUAUAUUGCAGAUGUGUAAGAGGUGUAAAUGGUAUUGAAUCAAUGUCAUUGAAAACAUUGGAUAUAUUAAGUUGUUACUGGUGUUCCAAAGGAGGCUGUGUGGGACUGAUAAAAGUAUAUACGUCAUAUCAAAUUCCCUCUCAUAAGUUGUUACUUGCACUUUCUUGAGAACUGAAAAGGGUUGACAUUGAAAUAUCUUGCAAUGUCUAAACAUGAAUUUUUUGGUAAAACAAAAUCUAAAAGUGUU